UCCGAGACGCGCUGGGCGAGCAAGGCCAGGAGCUACGGGUCCAGGGGCGAGCGGCGAGCCCGGCGCGGAGCCCGGCGCCGGCACCAUGGACGAGGACGACAGCUACGUUCCCAGUGACCUGACUGCAGAGGAGCGCCAGGAGCUGGAGAACAUUCGGCGGAGGAAGCAGGAGCUGCUGGCCGACAUCCAGAGGCUGAAGGAUGAGAUAGCAGAAGUAGCUAAUGAAAUUGAAAACCUGGGGUCCACAGAAGAGAGGAAAAACAUGCAGAGGAACAAACAGGUAGCCAUGGGCAGGAAAAAAUUCAACAUGGAUCCUAAAAAAGGGAUCCAAUUCUUAAUAGAGAAUGAUCUGCUGAAGAACACUUGUGAAGACAUCGCCCAGUUCUUGUAUAAAGGUGAAGGGCUCAACAAAACAGCCAUCGGUGACUACCUGGGGGAGAGAGAUGAGUUUAACAUCCAGGUUCUUCAUGCGUUUGUGGAGCUACAUGAGUUCACCGAUCUCAACCUCGUCCAGGCCUUACGGCAGUUCCUGUGGAGCUUCCGGCUGCCAGGAGAGGCCCAGAAGAUUGACCGGAUGAUGGAGGCGUUUGCCCAGCGCUACUGUCAGUGCAACCACGGGGUGUUCCAGUCCACAGACACUUGUUAUGUCCUCUCAUUUGCCAUCAUCAUGUUGAACACCAGCCUGCAUAACCCCAAUGUCAAAGACAAGCCCACCGUGGAGAGGUUCAUCGCCAUGAAUCGAGGCAUCAACGACGGGGGAGACCUGCCUGAGGAGCUGCUCCGGAAUCUGUAUGAGAGCAUAAAAAACGAACCCUUUAAAAUCCCAGAAGAUGAUGGGAAUGACCUUACUCACACUUUCUUCAACCCAGACCGAGAAGGCUGGCUAUUGAAGCUCGGUGGCAGGGUAAAGACUUGGAAAAGACGCUGGUUCAUUCUGACUGACAACUGCCUUUACUACUUUGAAUACACGACGGAUAAGGAGCCCCGUGGAAUUAUCCCAUUAGAGAACCUGAGUAUCCGGGAGGUGGAAGACUCCAAAAAACCAAACUGCUUUGAGCUUUACAUCCCCGACAAUAAAGACCAAGUGAUUAAGGCCUGUAAGACGGAGGCUGACGGGCGAGUGGUGGAGGGGAACCACACGGUGUACCGCAUCUCAGCCCCAACACCUGAGGAGAAGGAGGACUGGAUCAAGUGCAUCAAAGUCUCUGAACGUUGUGCGGUUCAGACGGGCGGGACAGGAGAGCACCGGUUCGGAGUCAGGCCAGCCCUUGCCGAGUUCCCGCUCUGACUCUCAGCGUCGCCUGCCCUCCUCCCAGACCCUCAGCUUUCUCACCACACAGCACUGAGAGGCGGGGCUCCCUGAGGACUCCCGGGGACGGUGCCGCUCCCUUCUGGAUGAUGGUGUUAAGGCACAAGGCUGUUCUGGGGGUGAGACAGAUGGCGCAGCGCUGUGCUCAGCACGCCGCCUGGACUCUGGUAGCCCUGGGUGAUGAUGGCUGUCGGAAGUGUGGUGUCAUCAGGGGCCGUCCCAUGUGCCGUGGGGCCCAUGAGGCACCGCAGCAUUUCUGGCGUCACGACCGAUAAUGAGGCUCAGGGGUCCUCUGUGCUGGACGCACCCUGAGGUCUGCGUGGAGGAGUAGCAGCGCCUUGGGGACCUGUGGCCACGGAGAGCUCCUUACCCAUGUCCCCGUACCCUUUUUUUUACCACGUGUUUUUUUAAAAAAUACUUGACUCUUUAAUCCUUAUGAAAUGUAUUUUUUGCAUGUGGUUUGAAGUAAAGGAUGUAACCUUAUUUUCUCAAGUGAGUGGCUCAUUGUCCUGAUACCAUUUAUUAAUCCAUUUUGCCCAGUCUGAAGCGCUCUCUUUAGUGUGGACCAACUUCCUGUGUGUGCACGGUGACCGUGUCCCUUGUGUCUCUUGGUCGGUGUGCUGUCCUGCGUGAUCAUUAGGGCAUCAGAGCAGGUGUUGACAGGACUGUGUGUAGCCUCCCCCGGCUCAUUGUUCUUCCAGAAAGGCUCUGUCUGCAGGUGUACAUCCUGCCUUCCAUGUCAUUGUACUUCGGGAGCCAGAGAACCCGAGCCCUCCUUAUGGUCACGCUUGGAAUGGUUCGGUCCCUCCGUCGAGGUGAACGCAGAGCCUGCUCCCCGGGGUCUGCCCGGAGCUGGCCUCAUCUCCUUGUGGGGGCUGCAGACACUGUUCCAGCUCCACGGCCCAGCGCCCUUACCCCUCCCCAGAGCCCUGUGAGGGUGGGUGCAGCAGGAUGGUUGUCCCCAGGUGACAGAUGAGGACACAGGCAUAGCGAGGUGAAUUCAGUCGUCCCGAACCACAGACCCGAGCCUUCUGACUGAGGGAGCCGUCCUUCUCCACGCGCGACGCUCUGCUCCAGCCGCCCUUGGCUCUGACGCUCUCCCAGUGAAAAUAUUGGGGCAGAGGCGCCAGAGGAGGGACCUGAUCGGAUGGAAGCUCUUCACGAUGUUGCUGGAAAGGUUUUGCAGAAGGUCAAGUUGCAGGCACAUUUUCUCUCAUCAGUGCUCUUCCCAGGAGUUUCCAGCUACCUCGGGCCUGGUGCUCUGGGCACGUGGUCACACAGAAUCGCGUGUCUCUGGAGACAGACCUGCAGCGUAGCGACGGUGGCCGCUGAGGGAGAGCUUCUGCUGCCCGGUGUCGUCUCCGCUCUGCCUUCCCAGGGCUGGGGCGGAGUGUCUCCAGGGACCACGUGAGGACGGCCAUGAGAAGGAGCGCACGUAUGUGCAAGGCCGGGCCAGAGCUUCCAGCCCCAAGCACCUCACUGCGUCCUGGCCCCCGUCACGUGCACUGGAGAUGUCCCGCGGCGUUCCCGGGGGCUUGGCCCACCCAGGAAGCGGAGGUGGACUCACCCUAAUGCUCUGAAGGUGGAGGCAGGAUUCGCUCCCAAGCACUCCGAGCGGUCAGAUGCCUGCGUGGCGGGGUCCCUCGGGAUGCGUUCUGGGUCCAGCGCCUGCCUCCCCCGGAGCUGAGUUGCUGUUUCGCACGGACACAUCCUCUCUGUGAACGGGGCCCGGUCAGUCCGCAGGAGCCGUCAUGCACCUGGUUAAGUGCGGUCCACAGUCACGUGGGCUUGUGACUGGCCCAGAAGCUAGUUGGCACCUGGAAUACUACUACUCAGGAAAAGUAAAUUAAACUUCAAAACGUGGAUCACACCUUGCUUGAAAGUGGAGAAUGACAAAUACAGAGGGACGGCGGGUGGCUGAGGCCUGCCAUCACCACCUGUGCUGGUGUCUCUGGGGCCAGUGCAAGGGCUGCUUGGGCUCCCUCCCCACCAGGCUAUGGACACAGAGCAGGCUGCUGGCCGCUUGCUUGGGCCCCGACUGCCCAGUGAUGGGUCUUGGCUGUCGAGCUGGUGCUCUUGGGGACUCAGAAGUUGCUCGGUACAGACGGUGGCCGCCAGUCAGACGCACCACGUGCCAGGGGACACAUGGGGUUGUGUGGUGGUCACUGCUCCAGACAAAUGCCGCUGUCAUGACGGAACUAAAGCACUGUGCUUGUUUUGCUGCGUUAGAGCACAGCUGUGAGGGCGUAGAGGAUUCCUAAACUUAAAUUGAUUACUUGGUUGAAACAGGCAGUAAGCACCCCACAGUGAUCUUGUCGCCAGUAUCACGUGUCUCCCUCAAAACUUGUCUUUUACGCCACAUGUGGACACAGUGAAGGUUGAUGCUGUGACAUGGCCUUUAAAGGGACAGUCGAGCAGGGAGGGGGUCUGGGGCAUGGCUGCUGCUAGGAAGCCCCUGCCUGGGGUCGUGUCUCCUGGUCCUGUUCCUCAGUCUCCUCUGCUUUCUCCC